AAAUUAUCUCUCCCCCUUGGAGAUAGAUCUCCAAGCCUCCACCGUUGCAGCGUAAUCCUCUUGGUCUCCAUCCACGACCAGCCGUCUAGAUUCUGGAGAGAGAGGAGGAGAAGGAGAAGAAGAAGACAGAGAAACUCGCCGGAGCCCUAAUAUCGAAUCAUAUCAAAUGGAGAUCUCACCGGCGAUGCCGGCGUCGCAAGUCGCCGGCGAUGGGGACGAUAUCACCACCGCAUGCGUCGACCCCUCCUCUUCUUCUUCUUCCUCCUCCUCGUCGCCUUCUGGUUCGCCUGAGAAGGAGUAUAGCGACAAAGCUCCCAGCAAGUUCGACGACGACGACGAAGAGGAGGACGUUUGUCGGAUCUGCCGGAAUCCCGGUGACAACGAGAAUCCUCUCCGGUACCCGUGCGCUUGCAGUGGGAGCAUCAAGUUUGUUCACCAAGAUUGUCUCCUUCAGUGGCUUAAUCACAGCAACGCUCGCCAAUGCGAGGUUCUUGCAAGCAAUAUGAUAUUCCUUGGUGUUGUAAUCUUUGUGCCCUUUUCAUUGGGACGGAUUAUACUUCAUCAUGUAUCAUGGCUUUUGUCUUCUGCUGCUAGUCCAGUGUUGUCAACAGUGAUGCCAUUUACAGAAUCAGCCCUCUCCUUGGCCAAUAUCACAUUGAAGAACGCAUUAACUGCUGUUGCAAAUCUGACAUCUGAUAACCAAGAAAACAGUGUAUUUGGCCAGGUUACAGAAAUGUUGAAAGCAAAUGCUACUGGGCCACAUGAAGUAUCAAAUAAUCUGAGCACACCACUUUCAGCUGAUAUUGUGAAUGGGGUAUCUGCUGGAACAUCACGGCUUUCUGAUGUUACUACUCUUGCUGUUGGCUACAUGUUUAUAUUCUCCCUAGUUUUUGUCUACCUUGGUAUUGUUGGAUUGAUUCGGUAUACUAAAGGUGAGCCUUUGACUAUGGGGAGGUUUUAUCGUAUAGCUUCAAUCGCAGAGACAAUACACUCCCUCUUCAGGCAGUUCGUGGCAGCGAUGAGACAUUUAAUGACUAUGGUUAAAGUUGCAUUCCUUCUGGUCAUUGAACUAGGUGUCUUUCCUUUGAUGUGCGGAUGGUGGCUGGAUAUUUGUACCAUAAGGAUGUUUGGGAAGUCCAUUUCUCAAAGAGUAGAGUUCUUCUCAGUCUCUCCAUUAGCAAGCUCAUUGGUUCAUUGGGUGGUAGGGAUUGUGUAUAUGCUACAAAUAAGUAUCUUCGUCAGUCUUCUUCGAGGGGUUUUGCGUAAUGGGGUUCUUUAUUUUCUUCGAGAUCCAGCCGAUCCAAACUACAACCCAUUCCGUGAUCUGAUUGAUGAUCCUGUGCACAAGCAUGCUCGUAGGGUUCUGUUGUCUGUUGCUGUUUAUGGGAGUUUAAUCGUGAUGCUGGUAUUUUUACCAGUUAAACUUGCCAUGCGAAUGGCUCCCUCCAUUUUCCCACUUGAUAUUUCUGUAUCUGACCCAUUUACCGAAAUCCCUGCUGAUAUGCUCCUUUUUCAAAUCUGCAUUCCAUUUGCUAUUGAGCAUUUUAAGUUGCGGACAACCAUCAAGUCCCUUCUUCGCUAUUGGUUUACCGCAGUUGGCUGGUCGCUUGGUUUGACAGAUUUCUUACUGCCCAGACCUGAGGACAAUAAUGGUCAGGAAAAUGGAAAUGGGGAGCCAGCAAGGCAGGAUAGACUACUUGUACAACUAGCUGGACAAGAUCGGGCUUUGGGAGGACUUGUGGCCCCUGAUGAUUUGAACAGAGGCAGGCAUACAACUGCAAAUACUAAUCUUGCUGAAGAGGAUGAUGGUGAUGAACAAUCUGACUCAGAUAGGUACGGGUUUGUGCUUCGCAUUGUGCUGUUGUUGGUGGUGGCUUGGAUGACUCUACUCAUUUUUAACUCUGCUUUAAUAGUUGUACCCAUUUCACUUGGACGAGCACUAUUCAAUGCCAUCCCCCUUUUGCCAAUAACUCAUGGCAUCACGUGUAAUGACUUGUAUGCUUUUGUCAUUGGAAGCUACGUCAUUUGGACUGCUGUAGCUGGAGUCAGGUAUUCCAUUGAGCACAUUAAAGCAAGAAGAGCUACAGUUCUGCUAGCACAAAUUUGGAAAUGGUGUGGCAUUGUUAUGAAGAGUUCUGCACUGUUGUCAAUAUGGAUUUUCGUCAUCCCGGUGUUAAUUGGACUGCUUUUUGAACUUCUGGUAAUUGUGCCUAUGCGAGUGCCUGUUGAUGAGAGCCCAGUUUUCCUCCUAUAUCAGGACUGGGCUUUGGGACUCAUCUUUCUUAAGAUCUGGACUAGACUGGUUAUGCUGGAAAAUGUGGUGCCCCUAGUUGAUGAGAGUUGGCGAAUAAAGUUUGAAAGGGUGAGAGAAGAUGGUUUCUCAAGGCUGCAGGGCUUUUGGGUGCUACGUGAGAUUGUGUGGCCGAUUAUUGUGAAGCUGCUUACUGCAUUGUGCGUGCCCUAUGUUUUGGCCAGAGGGGUGUUUCCAGUAUUUGGAUACCCAUUAGUAGUUAACUCAGCUGUCUAUCGGUUCGCCUGGUUGGGAUGCCUUGGAUUCAGCUUCAUAUGCUUUUGUGCCCAGAGGUUCCAUGUCUGGUUCACCAACCUCCAUAACUCCAUACGCGACGACCGCUAUUUGAUUGGUCGUAGGCUUCAUAACUUUGGGGAGGACGUUAGGGAGAAGCACAAUGAGGCAGGGAAUUCCGUGGAAAUACAAGAUUCUGAUACACUGGGGACUGGGUUAAUCAGGUACGAUCAUGAAGCUGAUGUAGGGUUGAGGCUGAGACGUGCUGCAAAUCGGCAGGAAGCCUGAUUGAGAAACAUAAUCGUAGUCAGUUUUUGACACAUUUGAUGUGUCAAAAGAAUGCAUGGACAAUUUGUUAACCCAAUGUACCCCUUUUUAGGAAUGUGUAUAAUCUCGUGCACUGAAAUUGUUCUCUUUUUUGUUUUUGUUUUUGUUUUUGUUUUCUUGUGUGUGUGUGUGUGUGUGUGUUCAUUAUUUAGUUGUACUUUAGGUUGUGAAUAUAAUAUUUUACAUAGUUUUUAUUUUUUAUUUUUAAAUGUGUUGUUGGAAUUUCUUUUUGGUCUUUUGAUAAAAAGGGUUUGUACUUCAUCUUAAGAUGUAGGGAUGUAGGUUGAAGGCAUUUGCUGUAUUACAUUAUCUUUCUUCUUUCCUAUUUAUUUGUAAUAAUAAUUAACUAGCAAAAUGGUGUUAGCUUGUGUCA